AAGUCUUUUAAAAGGAUGUUAUCACUGAAGAUUCUUAUGAAAUUAUCAUCAUCAUCAUCACAUUCUAUUUAGGUAUAUCCGUCAUAAAAAACACUGAAAUCUUCCAUUUCUUCAAGAUUAUCCGUUUUAACCACUGUUACUUCAAUUCUCCCCUGCCCCAGCCAACCGACAUCUAUAAAUACCUCCCUGCUCCUCUCUUACCCUCUCGCUUGCACCCAUCACCCAAAUCUUCUUUUUUAUUUUUUUUUAUCAUUCCAGUCAAUCUUUGCCUGUUUCUUGAUUUCUUGGUUUUCGUUUCUUCAUUUCCUGGUUGGUUUCUUGAUUUUCUGAUUGGUUUGCUGAUGAGGAAGAGGGAGCGAGAGAACCCAUGUGGUGUUUGCGGCCACUAUCACAAGUACGAGCAAGGGGAGAUUUGUGGGAUUUGCGGCCACCGGAUGCCCGUAUCUGCUGAGAAAUCUCCGCUGCGUGUUAGCGCUUUCCCUUCUGAGAUCCUGCCGGAGUUCCUCUAUUUGGGAAGUUACGAUAACGCCACUCGCUCUGAGCUCCUCAAAACCCAGGGGAUUUCUCGUGUUCUCAAUACAGUUCCGGAUUGUCAAAAUAUGUACAAGAAUUCUUUCACCUAUCAUUCCCUGCAAGAUGACAAAAUUUUACAAUUUGAAGAUGCAAAUCAAUUUUUAGAGCAAUGUGAAAAGGAUAAGGCCCGUGUUCUUGUGCACUGCAUGUUAGGAAAAAAUAGGUCUCCAGCUAUUGUGAUAGCUUACUUGAUGAAGUCGAAAGGAUGGAGGCUUGCACAAAGUUACCAGUGGGUGAAAGAGCGGAGAUCAUCUGUGGACUUAACUAAGGCUGUGUACCAGCAGUUGCAGGAAUACGAGCAAAAAAUGUUUGGGCCUUCUGAUGGCAACAAGCCCGCAUUGCCAAUUUUCCCUAUUAACUUUGGGUUUACAAAGGUUACUGAUCCAGUUCUUGUUCCUGCUUUCAACAGCAUCAACCCUACCUACAUUUUUAUGCAACCUUUGGACGUUCCUCCAGAUGAAUUCCAGUUUGGAGCUGGCCAUGAUCAAGACAAUGCUUCUGCGAGCUGCAUCAUUGCCAAUCCACAGAACCCAAAUGGUGGAGACAUUCCAAUGGAUUCAGGAAAUUCUAGCAUUCACCCGACGAGAUGAAAGAGUUUACCAGUCUCGAGAAGUUUCAAACUGCAUAAUGACUCGCUUUCUUUGCAAUAUGGCUUGUGGGACACUUUGUUUUGCCUCAUCAUAUACAGGAGUGUUAAUCUAAUUCAAAAUAGAGCUUUCAUCAUCUAAUAUACUCGCGGUGCUGAAAUUGUAUACUAUUUGCUGCUGCUUGCAAGAGCUUACCAGGCA